ACAGACUGACAGGCGGCUGGGCGGCUCCUCAGCACCAGCGCUUUGCCGUGGGUGGAGAGCAGAACCAGGGGUGGCUGAGGGACACUGCAGUGAGGACCUGGGCCCAGCGGCCUAUCCUUUCCGGCUGCUGUGUGCUUGUUGGCAAGUGUGGUAGAAGCAUGUGCAGGAGCCAGGUCAGGCGUGUGGUACGCAUGCCGGCCACAAGAGCUACGCGUGUCAGACACAGGUGUGCACGCCCCGCGCUGUCCUGGGCCCGUGCGCAGGCGGGGUUGUAGACUGAGCUGGGGAAGCAGCAGCAAUGCUUGGUGGUUCACAAACAAAUUUAGACUAGGGGGAGGGAAGGGGAGGUGACUCGUCCAGGGUCACCCUGGACUUUGUGGGACCCAGGGCACUGAAUCCUUUCUCCUCACCUGUAUUCCAGUGUGCUUCAUAGUCUUCCCACACCCCCACCCAGAGCUGCCCUGUGUGGGGAGUGGAGGCGCCUGUGGGGCGGGGUGGUGGCGGUGUCCAGCCGAGCAGGUGCGGUUUGUGAGCCAGUGUUUCAGGGAAAGGGGACAGACUAGGCUGUGCUGUCCGAGUAGCUUCAGUGGGGGGACCUCUAGGUGUUCCGCAGCCCUGACCACCCAGGACUUUGAGCUGCUCUCAGGAGCUGCCGCCUCCUACCCCAGAGGAGGGUAGCAGUGAGGAGCCUAAGCCCUGGGAGUGCAGGAGGGAACCUACAGACUGCUGUCCCUGUGGGGGUAGGAGUCCAUGCCUUGAGGCUGAGCUGUGUAGGGGGUGGGAUCACUGCUCCAGGGACAGGGCAGUGGUGUUGGAAAUGCCAGCUGGCUCCGCCUGGCCAGGCUGCUAGGAGGCUCUGCCUCUUCUGGUGAUUUUCAUAGAGCAUCUUUGGGUUUUUCUUCUGGAAGGGGUAGUGGUCCACUUUCUUGAACCCCAGACUGUCUUUUUUUAACAGAUGAUUUUGUUAAGGAUAAAUGAGUUAAUACAGUUACACACUUAGAGUUGUGCCUGGUAUGUCAAAAUUCAGUUGAAGUGUUAGGUAUUAUUUUUAUUGUCAAUUUUCUUAAAUUAAUAGAGACAUAACCUAUUUACUAUGUGAGUCAAUCUAACGCCACAGUAAUAUAAAGGAGAGAUGAAGUAACUUAUACUGUUUUAUGUGAUCUAACAUGUCAGUCAUGGGCCGUGGCUAUACUAGAUGACACAAUGUGGUAGUCAGAUGCCAAGUCCUCAGGUGGAUCCCCCACGAAGGUGCCCUCUACAGGUGCUGACUGGAGGGGAGCUUUGAAACAAGAGCAGGCUGACUUCCAGUGGCUUUUUUUUUAAAUAGUGACCAACUUUUGCCAAGUUUCGAACAAAAAGUUUACACAGUAGUUCAGUUCCAGGAAAAUUCAGUGCAUACUAAAAUGGCAAAAAUAUUUUCUUGUUCAUAUGUGAGAUGGGAUUAGGGCUUGGGUGAUUACAGUAAAAUCUGCAAAAGCCAAAUCCUGUGUAAAGUAGAAACCUGUCAGAGAAGGAAAACUCGACUAGCUUCUACUAAUAGAGAUAGAAGAGCGGGAAGACUGCCCCGUGUCAAAGGCGGAAAACUUGGGAGACCCAGAAAUACAAGGCACUCCCGUUGAGUUCCAGCUCUCACAAGCUUCACUGUAUAAACAGAUUUUUCACCUGAAUGAAUUAAGUUGGGUAGGGUUUCGGACGGUGUGAAACUGCCCUGCAUUGCAGGAUGGCUUGUACUCGUGUUCCCCGCCCACCUCCCUAAGUGCCGCUUCCACUUGCUGUCAAGUCAAUUCCGACCCAUGGCAACCCUAUGUGUGUCAGAGUAGAACUGGGCUCUGUAGGGUUUUCAAUGACUGAUUUUCAAAAGUAGAUCACUAGGCCUAUCUUCUGAGGCCACUCUGGGUAGGCUGGAUCCUCCAACCUUUUGUUAGCCGCUUAGCAUGUUAACCGUGCCCUACCCAGACACUCCUAUGCAGCAUUCCCCAAACACCUUGACAACCAGAAGUGCCCUUGAGAGGGCUGUACAGCCCUCACGAGGAGAACCAUCUGAGUAAAGUGUUACAGCUUAACAUUUGAAAACUACCCUUCUGGUCCAGCCCCCCUGGUGGAAGAGCCAGGGCUUGAACUGAGGCUUUCUGGUUCCCGUUUGCCUGUCACUUCUUCUACUGCCCUGAGCUGCCUGGGAAAGUCUGAACUCCAGAGGCUGGGGAGCAGCAGCAUGCAGCCGGAGGAGGGCACGGGCUGGCUGCUGGAGCUGCUGUCGGAGGUGCAGCUACAACAGUACUUCCUGCGGCUCCGCGACGACCUCAACGUCACCCGCCUGUCCCACUUUGAGUAUGUCAAGAAUGAAGACCUGGAGAAGAUUGGCAUGGGCCGGCCUGGCCAGCGGAGGCUGUGGGAGGCUGUGAAGAGAAGGAAGGCCAUGUGCAAGCGCAAGUCCUGGAUGAGCAAGGUGUUCAGUGGAAAGCGACUGGAGACUGAGUUCCCUCCUGAUCACUCCCAGAGCGCCUUCCGAAAGACCUCGCCCACCCCGGGGGGCCCCGCAGGGGAGGGGCCCCUGCAGAGCCUAACUUGCCUUAUCGGGGAGAAGGACCUUCACCUCUUUGAGAAGCUGGGGGAUGGCUCCUUUGGCGUGGUACGCAGAGGCGAGUGGGACGCCCCUUCGGGAAAGACGGUGAGUGUGGCUGUGAAGUGUCUGAAGCCUGAUGUGCUGAGCCAACCGGAGGCCAUGGACGACUUCAUCCGGGAGGUCAACGCCAUGCACUCGCUUGACCACCGCAACCUCAUUCGCCUCUACGGUGUGGUGCUCACACCGCCCAUGAAAAUGGUGACAGAGCUGGCGCCUCUGGGCUCCUUGUUAGACCGGCUGCGCAAGCACCAGGGCCACUUCCUCCUGGGGACUCUGAGCCGCUACGCUGUGCAGGUGGCUGAGGGCAUGGGCUACCUGGAGUCCAAGCGCUUCAUUCACCGCGAUCUGGCUGCCCGUAAUCUGCUGCUGGCCACCCGGGACCUGGUCAAGAUCGGGGACUUUGGGCUGAUGCGAGCACUACCCCAGAACGACGACCACUAUGUCAUGCAGGAGCAUCGCAAGGUGCCCUUUGCCUGGUGUGCGCCUGAGAGCCUGAAGACACGCACCUUCUCCCAUGCCAGCGACACCUGGAUGUUUGGGGUGACGUUGUGGGAGAUGUUCACCUAUGGCCAGGAGCCCUGGAUUGGCCUCAAUGGUAGUCAGAUCCUGCAUAAGAUCGACAAAGAGGGGGAGCGCCUGCCGCGGCCUGAGGAUUGCCCCCAGGACAUCUACAACGUCAUGGUUCAGUGUUGGGCUCACAAGCCAGAGGACAGGCCCACCUUCGUGGCCCUGCGGGACUUCCUGCUGGAGGCUCAGCCCACUGACAUGCGGGCCCUGCAGGACUUUGAGGAGCCGGACAAGCUACACAUCCAGAUGAAUGACGUCAUCACGGUCAUCGAGGGAAGGGCCGAGAAUUACUGGUGGCGCGGACAGAACACACGGACACUGUGUGUGGGGCCCUUCCCUCGCAACGUGGUGACCUCCGUGGCAGGCCUGUCAGCCCAGGACAUCAGCCAGCCGCUGCAGAAUAGCUUCAUCCACACGGGGCAUGGCGACAGUGACCCUCGCCACUGCUGGGGCUUCCCAGACAAGAUUGAUGAGCUGUAUCUGGGAAAUCCCAUGGACCCUCCUGACCUGCUGAGUGUGGAACUGAGCACCUCCCAACCCACCCAGCACCUAGGAAGGGUGAAAAGGGAGCCUCCACCUCGCCCACCUCAGCCUGCCAUCUUCACUCAGAAACCAACCUACGACCCAGUGAGUGAGGACCAAGACCUCCUGUCCAGCGACUUCAAGAGGCUGGGCCUGCGGAAGCCAGGCCUGCCCCGAGGGCUGUGGCUAGCGAAGCCCUCAGCCCGGGUGCCGGGCACCAAGGCAGGCCGCAGCAGUGGGGGUGAGGUCACACUCAUCGACUUUGGCGAGGAGCCUGUGGCCCCGGCCCCACGGCCCUGUACACCCUCCCUGGCACAGCUGGCCAUGGACGCCUGCUCCUUGCUGGACAAGACCCCGCCCCAGAGCCCCACACGGGCACUGCCCCGGCCCCUGCACCCCACACCUGUGGUGGAUUGGGACGCCCGCCCGCUGCCUCCGCCACCCGUCUACGAUGAUGUGGCCCAAGACGAGGAUGACUUUGAGGUCUGCUCCAUCAACAGCACUCUGGUGGGCACUGGCGGCCCUGCUGGGCCCAGCCAAGGCGAGACCAAUUACGCCUUUGUGCCGGAGCAGGCGCGGCUGCUCAUGCCCCUGGAGGACAACCUGUUCCUCCCAGCCCAGGGUGAGGGCAAGUCGCCCAACUCCGCCCAGACUGCUGAGAUCUUCCAGGCGCUGCAGCAGGAGUGUAUGCGGCAGCUGCAGGCCCCGGCCGGCUCGCUGGCCCCCUCACCCAGCCCGCUGGGUGACAACAAGCCCCAGGUGCCCCCCCGGGUACCCAUCCCCCCACGGCCCACCCGCCCACGUGGGGAACUGUCUCCGGUCCCAUCAGGCGAGGAGGAGAUGGGGCGGUGGCCCGAAUCUGCCUCUCCUCCCCGGGUCCCCCCUCGGGAGCCCCUGUCACCACAAGGCUCAAGGACCCCCAGCCCCCUGGUUCCACCUGGCAGCUCCCCGCUGUCACUCCGGCUCUCCAGCUCACCUGGGAAGGCCAUGCCCACCACCCAGAGCUUUGCCUCCGACCCCAAGUAUGCCACACCCCAGGUGAUACAGGCACCUGGGCCUCGGGCUGGCCCCUGCAUCCUGCCGAUCGUCCGUGACGGCAAGAAGGUCAGCAAUACCCACUACUACCUGCUUCCUGAGCGUCCCUCCUACCUGGAACGCUACCAGCGCUUCCUGCGAGAGGCCCAGAGUCCUGAAGAGCCAGCCCCCCUGCCUGUGCCCCUGCUGCUGCCCCCACCCAGCACCCCGGCCCCUGCCGCCCCCACUGCCACCGUUCGACCGAUGCCUCAGGCCGCCCCAGACCCCAAGGCCAACUUCUCCACCAACAACAGCAACCCGGGGGUUCGGCCGCCAUCCCUGCGGGCUGCUGCUCGGCUACUGCAGAGGGGCUGCCCUGGGGACGGGUCGGAGGCUGGACGGCCUACAGGCAAGGUCCAGAUGCUGCAGGCCAUGGUGCAUGGGGUGACCACAGAGGAGUGCCAGGCUGCCCUGCAGAGCCACGGCUGGAGUGUGCAGAGGGCUGCCCAGUAUCUGAAGGUGGAGCAGCUCUUUGGUCUGGGUCUGCGGCCGCGGGGUGAGUGCCACAAAGUGCUGGAGAUGUUCGACUGGAACCUGGAACAAGCCGGCUGCCACCUCCUGGGCUCCUGUGGCCCUGCCCACCACAAGCGCUGAGACUGGAGAGCCAGAGAGUCUUGCCUGAAGGAAUCACUGGAGGCCAUCCAUGCGACAAGGGUGGGGCUGUGCCCCUGCCCAGGCAUGGAGGACCUGCUGCCACAGGGAGCAGAGCGAGGCCAAGGCAGCAGGAGGCUGGGCCCCGCCUUGCCCGUCCUCCGUCAUCAAGCACUGACCUCACGCACUUCUGUGGAGCCCUUGGUGGCCAGCCACGGCGUGGGAAGGGGCUCUGGGUGCUGCUCAGUGGGCCCUGCUUGCUGACCAGCCUGUGGGUCCCGUCCGUGACUCUGGCUGGAGUGGUGCCCCUAGGCCCUGCCCAGGGGACCAGACUGAAGGGAAGCCAGGCCUGCCGGGGAAGGGAGGCCAUGCUGGAUACACAGAAAGGAGCAGGGCAGGACCCUCUGCCAGGGCAUCCCUGGCGGGCAGUUAGGGUGUCAGAUGGCCUGUGGAUCAUGGCCUGGCCAUGGACAUGUUAUGUUGUCUGGUCUUGUAUUUUGUGCCUGGAAAUAGCCCGAGGUGGCUCAGAAAGCAAAGGUGCCAGUCUGUUCUCUGGCAGGGACCAGGGCCCAGGGCCCCGGGGUUGGAGAGAGACCAAGGGGGGCAGCUGCCCUGGAGGGAUACCAGUGCUUCUUCUCUGACCCCAGCUCUUACCCUUCUGCGAUUCGGUGUUUCUCCACCAGCCUGUCGCCAAAGUUGCCGCCUCAGCUAUUGACACCUGCUUCUUCCAGAGAAAUAAAGUUAGUUUCUAUUUUAUGUUACUUCUUUGUACCAGCCUGUUUCUUUGCCCCUUUGGGAGCAGCUUGAGGCCCUUUGCAAAGCUCUCCAAGUCACCGCCUGUCCAGGGCAGCAGGCCAUUAGCGCCACCUGUAGGCAGAGGGGGGAAGUACAGAUCUGGGAGGCCUUAUGGGGCCUCUCUUCCAGAAAACCAAAAAAACCAAACCCUUUGCCUUUGAGUCAAUUCCGACUCCUAGUGACCUCGUGUGACAGAGUAGAACUGCCCCAUAGGGUGUUCUAGCCUGUGAUCUUUAUGGGAGCAGAUCCCCAGAUCUUUCCCGCAGAGCCGCUGGGUAGGUUCGGACUGCCAACCUUACGGUUACCUGCCGGUCGCUUAACCAUUGCACCACCAGGGCUCCUUAUAAUUUUUUUACCAAGCCCCUUUGUGUUCUGGUUGUGUCUAUGUAGAUUUAAUUUAUAUUUCUCUUACGAAUGGAUGAGCAAUUUUUUUUUAAUUGUGGUAAAAAGAUACCAAACCUUUGCCGAUUCAGCAGUUUUUACAUGUGUAAUUCGGUGUCAUCGGUUACAUUCUUCAUGUUGUGCUACCGCGACCACUAUCCAUUUUCAAGCUGUUAGACCACCACAAGCAGAAACCCAGUGCUCAUUAAGCAAAGUCUCCCCCGCCCUCCCACACCUGGUAACCACUAAUAGGCUUUGGU